AAGUCUCUCUCUCUCUCUCUCUCUCUCUCUCUCUCUCUCUUCUACAUUUUGUUUAGGUAGACUUUAGAGCUAGCUACCAACUAACCAUGCCUGCCCAAGUUAUGCCCGAAAAAGCCCUCCAUGGAAUUCAUGGGUUGGGAAGGGACAACAAUACUACUGCUCCUCCUCCUAAAAGGUUGGAUGGAAAAGUUGCUAUAGUGACAGGUGGUGCUAGAGGCAUUGGAGAAGCAACAGUGAGGCUUUUUACAAGGCAUGGUGCCAAAGUAAUCAUUGCCGACGUGGAGGACGCAGUUGGCGUAGUCCUAGCCAAUUCCUUGAGCCCUUCAGUCACUUUUGUUCAUUGUGAUGUUAGCUUGGAAGAAGACAUUGAGAACUUAGUUGAAUCAACAAUUUCCCGUUACGGGCAGCUCGACAUUAUGUUCAACAAUGCCGGGAUCCUCGGAAACCAGUCGAAACACAAGAGCAUCAUGGAUUUUGACACCGACGAAUUCGACCAGGUGAUGCGGGUGAAUGUGAGAGGAGCAGCAUUGGGGAUGAAGCAUGCUGCAAGAGUAAUGGUGCCUAGAGGAAAUGGAGGGUGCAUAAUUUCAACAUCAAGUGUAGCUGGGGUGGCAGGUGGGCUUGGGCCGCAUGCCUACACAGCCUCAAAGCAUGCCAUUGUUGGGCUCACAAAGAACGCAGCUUGUGAAUUGGGCCGGUAUGGGAUUAGGGUAAAUUGCAUUUCUCCAUUUGGGGUUGCCACGUCAAUGCUUGUGAACGCUUGGAGGAAGAGUGGUGAUGAAGAAGAAGAAGAAGAGUGCAUGGAUUUGGGGAUGCCAUGUGAGCAAGAAGUAGAGAAAAUGGAGGACUUUGUGAGAGGGCUUGCUAAUUUGAAAGGUCAAACCCUAAGGGCUAAAGACAUAGCUGAGGCUGCUCUUUAUCUUGCUAGUGAUGAAUCCAAAUAUGUUAGUGGCCAUAACCUUGUUGUGGAUGGUGGAAUUACCACCUCAAGAAAUUGUGUUGGCUUGUAAGUGUUUUUUUUUCGCUUUUCCCAUUCCAUGGUGUUGGUAUUUUG